AUGGCAAGGAAAUUUGAUAUGAUCAAGGAUAUUGAUGGAAAAAGAGAGACUUUGAAACUUGUUGUCCGAAUUGUGGAUCUGUGGUUUGUUGAGUCAUGGGAUUCCAAACGAAAUAUGAAGAUGAUUCUAACAGAUCAAAAGGGUGAUGUUAUCCCUGCUAUGAUUAAGAAGGAAGACAUUGCUACGUGGGAAGACAAGCUAAAGGAGGGAGAAAAUGUCAUUGGUGUGGUGGAUAAUGUGGAGGAGAAACCAAGUUCCAAAAAUGUUGUGUUUGACCUAAAGGACUUGAGUGGUGCGUCAAUCUGUUGCACUCUUUGGGAUUCAUAUUGUAUGCGGUUGGUUAGUUAUUGGAGGGAAAGUCAUGAAACACCUUAUCCGGCUAUUAUUCUUACUCAGGCAAAGAUAAAGGCUGCCUCAGGUCCAUGGCCGGUGUCAUUGUCUAAUUGUUGGAAUGGAUCGAAGUUGAUUAUGGGAGAUGAUAUAUCUGAACUGAUUGAAUUUAGGAAGGAAUUUUCAAAAACUACUGCUCAUGAAAUUUUUGAGGAGGGAAGCCAAUAUAGUGGAUCUUCCCAGAUUAGUCAUGUUGAUAGGUUUAUGUAUAAAACUGUUGUUAAGAGUGUUUUAGAGAUCCUGACUGUGAUAGAGGAGAUUUCAUGUGUUACUAUUGCACAUACACUUAAAUUUAACUUAGGAAAUGAUGGAUGGAGUUACUUGGUUUGUAACUUAUGCGCAAAAAGAACAUAUGAAGUUGGUUCUUUUAAGUGUUUGAAUUGUGAUGGUUAUAAUGAGUAUCCAAAAAUGAGGUACAAGCUUGAAAUUCAAGUGACCGAUGGAAAAAAGGUUGUUAACUUCAUGCAUUGGGACCAAGACUGCAUCAAUUUAAUUGGUCUUUCUACUGGUGAUUUGCGAAAGAAAAUGAUCAAGGUCAAGCCACAAGGAAAUAACCGACCUGCUUCAGUAAUGAGAGUUUCAACUGAUCAUGAAAUUAUAGGUCACAUUAGUAGUCUUCUUGGACAAACUCAGGUAAUGGAAAUUGUUGAAGCUAAGGAAAAUUGUUCUGAUGAAUUAGAGCUUCAUAAGGACAAGUCCAUAGCAAUUGAGGUUGGGAAACGUAUGAGUGCCAGUGAGUCUGAUGUCCAUACUCAUACUGGGAGUUCUUUAGCAAUGGAACUUGCUGAAUGUGGUGAUAAUGCAGCAUGCGACUUAUCUGCUGAUACUGAUAGUUCAUUAAUGUGCCUUUCUAGGACAGCUGAUCUUGAUCCGGAUUAUGUGUCACGCCCAGAAAAGAUCUUUGUACUACCAGUAACAAUGAAGACAUAG